AUGGCGGUUUUGCAGGCCUACCAGGCGGACCUGCUGCUGGAGAUGGACGAGAGAGGAGGCCCCUCUGAGGAGGAGUUGGCGGAGCUACGCCGGGCCACGGAUCUUUCGCUUCGUGCCACCAAGGCUACGGCCCGGGCUGUGGGUCGCUCCAUGUCUGCGUUGGUGGCCACGGAGAGACACCUUUGGCUGAACCUUUCGGACAUCAGGCAGAAGGACAGAGAAUUCCUUCUGGAUGCGCCGGUUUCUACUACGGGCCUGUUUGGGGAGGCGGUGAACUCUGUCGUCGACAGGUUUCGCCAUGUGAGGUCCCAGGGGGAGGCAUUCCAGCAGUUUUUCCCUCGCCGGACUGGAUCCCGCUCUGCUGGGUCGGCUGGCCCUUCUCAGCCCUCUACCAGCUCCCACCGCCGGCGCCAGAGACAGAGUGUGGCUUCUCGCGGUCCCCCUCGAGUGGCUUGGGACGCUGGGCAACGCUCCCGCGCACCCCCCCCGCAGGUCGGACCUGAGGGCCGUCAUCCGGUCUCGGAGGGGGAAGGCGAGGCGGUCCUGACUGUGUGUUGGCCCCCGAGCCGACUGAGGUCCCCUCCAGGGCGCCGCUGGCGUUGUUGUCCGCAGCGUGGCGCUCGGGACGCACUGGCCGCCGCCGGCGGGCCUUCUCCGCUCUGCCUUCCCCGAGGGGUGGCAGUGGGCCGGAGGUUCGGCUCCUGGACUACAGGUCGUCGGCGGGUUCUUCCUGGCAGCCCGCUUCAGGGGCUCUUCCGCGAUCGGCACGUCGCACUGGCCACCAGCCCCGAGGGGUUGGUUCCGCUGGCGGAUUUUGCAGACGCUUGGCGCGGUUUGGUGAACAUGUCCCCAUGGGUUCUGCGCACUGUCGUCGAAGGGUACAGGCUGCAGUUCCGGGUCCGCCCCCCCGGCUUCUCUGGGGUGGUCCGGACUGUGGUGCGCCCGGACCAGGGCCUGGUGCUGGGACUGGAAGUGCGCUCGCUGCUGGAGAAGGGGGCCGUGGAGCUCGUUCCCCCGCAGGACAGCGGGUCCGGUUUCUACAGCCGGUAUUUCCUGGUUCCAAGAAGGACGGGUCUGCGCCCUAUUCUGGAUCUGCGGGUUCUAAACCGGUCUCUGAGGAAAUACAGGUUCAAGAUGCUCACCAUCCCCGCCAUCGUGUGUCACAUCCGGUCCGAGGACUGGUUUUUCACCGUGGAUCUGAGGGACGCUUACUUCCACAUCUCCAUUCGUCCUUCCCACAGGAAGUUCCUGAGGUUCGCCUUCGGGGGCGUGGCGUACCAGUAUCGGGUUCUUCCCUUCGGCCUGGCACUCUCCCCUCGCACUUUCACCAAGUGUAUGGAUGCGGCGCUGGCCCCUCUGCGGCUCCAGGGCAUCCGGGUCCUCAAUUACAUCGACGACUGGCUUAUCCUGGUUCAGUCUCGGGAGUUGGCGGUUCGGCAUCGAGAUGUCGUCCUUGCUCAUCUUCUUCGUUUAGGGCUGAGGCUCAACGAGGGGAAGAGUGUGCUAGCACCCACCCAAAGGACUGUCUUCUUAGGGGUGGUGUAGGACUCGUUGACAAUGCUGGCACGUCUGUCUCCGGCUCGUGUCGAGUCCCUUCUGGCCGCGGUGAAGGGUGUGAGGCUGGGCCACGCCAUCACAGUGAAACACUUCCAGAGGGUGUUGGGCCUCAUGGCGGCUGCUUCCAGCGUGAUACCUUCUGGUCUUCUGCACAUGAGGGCCCUGCAGUGGUGGCUGAAGUCCAAGGGGUUCUCCCCGAGGGGGAACCCAUUCCGCCUGAUACGGGUUGCGCACAAAUGUCUUCGUGCCCUGUCGGUGUGGAAGAAGCCUUGGUUCCUGUCCCAAGGACCCGCGCUGGGGGCUCCCUGUCGCCGUGUAAUCGUUUCGACAGACGCUUCCCUCACCGGGUGGGGCGCGGUCAUGGACGACCGCUCGGCGAAGGGUGUUUGGCAGGAGCGUCACUCGUCAUGGCACAUCAAUUGCCUCGAGAUGCUGGCCGUGUUCCGAGCUCUGCGGAGCUUCCUGCCUGCACUCCUGGGUCAUCACGUGCUGGUCAGGUCCGACAAUACAGCUGUGGUGGCCUAUCUGAAUCAGAUAGGAUUCUGCAGACUGGCGCAUCAGAUCCUCCUGUGGUCCCAGCGGAGACUGCUCUCUCUCAGGGCGAUGUUUAUCCCUGGACUUCAGAAUCAGGGUGCGGACCUGCUGUCGAGAAAGGGGCUGAGGCCCGGGGAAUGGCGGCUCCACCCCGAGGUGGUGGAGUCCUUGUGCGCAAGGUUCGGACCUAUAGACGUGGACUUGUUUGCGUCUCAGGAGUCUACGCACUGUCCUCUGUGGUUCUCCCUGACGCCGCCGGCCCCGCUAGGGCUGGACGCCAUGGUGCGGGAGUGGCCGAGGCUGCGUCUGUACGCUUUUCCCCCAGUCGCCCUGCUCCCGGGGAUCCUGGAGAGGGUCCGUCGGGAGGGCAUCUGCCUGCUUCUGGUAGCUCCUUUCUGGCCGACCCGGGUGUGGUUCUCGGACCUGAUGGCGCUCCUGGACGGUCUGCCGUGGCGCGUCCCUCUGAGGAGGGACCUGCUAUCCCAGGACGGGGGCCGGGUUCUUCACCCUUGCCCCGCCCUGUGGCGGCUGUGGGUCUGGCCCUUGAGGGGGCCCAGUACCUGGAGGCGUGCCUGA